AUGCCAUUGCCAUUCCUACCAAAAAGGAAAAAGCAAGUCCUCACCCUAGCAGACUGGAAAUGGAAUCUCAAAUAUGAGGAAAACCCUCGCAGUUUCCUGCCGGCGCUUUUAUCCACGGACCUGUCAUUCCUGGACAAGGUUCAAAUCAUUGAGCGAAUCUCCGCAAUGGUGUAUAGAAAAACCAGCAAAUUCGAAAUGCUUGAAGGCGAGGUUCGACUUCACUUUGGUGAUGACAUUCGGCUUGCCCAGUUGCUUCGGUACAAGCUGUUUUACACAGAUUAUUACCAUAAGAGGUGGAUGGAGUGGUGCAAAGAAGUGAUCGUUUUGGAUUUCACAGGCCGGUGGAUUGUGCAGCGGGAAAUCUAUGUCCAGGAGAAGAUCCAGGCUUUGAAAAAAGCAGCUGAGCUGUCUGCAUCUGAAUCUGAUGAACAGAAAAGCAUUGCACCUCAAAUAAGUGCAUGCAAAGAUGAGCUUGAGAACCUCAACGGCCAAUACUGGAGUUAUCACACAGAUGUCUGGGGGAAAGAAGGAAACAUACCGCCAGGGCCAUUGCAUCGUGGAUAUAAAGCAUGCCGAAAGAAUCCGAACUGGUAUCUUCUCUCCUGGCUACGCCAGGACUGUGCUGGACGAGGAGGCUGUUGUGGGAGAGAUCGUGGAUGCUGUGAGAGGCCAAGAAAUACCCACCGAGCUUUCAAUCGAGGCCACUGUACCAAUGCAUGCGGCUGUUGCAUUCGCACACGAAGAAUUCCUGAUACCGUUGUUAAGGUCGAGGAUAAUAUUGAUAAGUUCCCUUUUGACAUGGUCGAGCUUAGCAAUAGGUACAGUGUUCACAUUAACCGUGCGUAUAUCUGGGGUAUCGAAGAUUGGGAGAAGUUGGAUUGA